CAAUGGAAACUGUCCCAGGUUCUUCUGUUGAACAGCAAGGCUCUGACAUUGACUCUGACACAGAGAGCAAAAUAGAUCCAGAUACCCAAGCCCUGGAGUAUGUGGAGCGUGUUCUUGGAACUUCAAAUCAGUCCAGGCAAGCAACCCAGUGUCUGCCUCCAGAGUCUCUCUCAGUAGGUGGUGGUAGAGUCCGAACAUCAGACCUCAAAUCACCUCUAGAACUGAAAAAAUCUAUUGUUGAAGAAACUGCUUCAGGGCUGUUAUCUCUUCCUCUAGAGUUGAUUUUAGAAAUCUGUUCCUACCUGCAAGCCAGGUUUGUUUUGCAUGUCCUUCCUUUAGUCUGCAAGACACUGAGGGACAUUGUUCAAGAUGAAGUCACUUGGAGAAUUCGACUUUUAAAAAGAAUUGGCAAUUGCUAUCCAGUUGUAGAAGGUAGUGAUUUUAAUUGGCCAACAGCUUGCAUUGAACUAGAAGAACACCUCCAACAAUGGGCAGAUAGUGGCAAAAACACAGAGUAUUUUUCCCUUACUGAAGGGCACUUUGCUUCUGUUGAUUCUGUAUUGCUCCUUCAGGGUGGGGAGUUGUGCAUUUCUGGCUCUCGAGACCGAAAUGUCAACUUGUGGGAUCUAAAGCAGCUGGGCAAAGCACCAGAAAAAGUUCUAGUGAAAGCACUGGGGACGGAGCGCAAUGGAACACACAAGGGGUGGGUUUGGUCUCUGGCUUCACAUGAUAACCGUGUAUGUUCAGGCUCCUGGGACAGCACAGUGAAGUUAUGGGAUAUAGCUGCUGACGGAAAACAAUUUGGAGAAAUCAGUGAGAAAGCAGCUGUAUUGUGCCUUUCUUAUUUGCCUGACAUUCUGGUCACAGGAACAUAUGACAAGAAAGUGUCAGUCUAUGAUCCACGAGCUGCUUGUGCCCCAGUGAUGAGCCGCAGGCUUCACUCCAAUGCAGUCCUAUCCCUUGCAGCUGACGAACACUUCAUUAUCUCUGGCAGUGAGGAUCGAACGCUGGUCUGUUUUGACAGGAGGACCAAUAGUGUGCUUCAAAGGCUUCAGCUGGACACAUACCUAUUUUCCAUGUCAUACCAGGGUUCUCAACUAUGGGCUGGAGACAAUCAUGGAAUGCUGUAUGUCUUUGAGAACAAUGGAGGGCAUUUCCAGCACAUUCGGUAUUUUGAUGUAGGUCAUCGCUCUCAGAUCACUGGAGUCCAACACUCAUUGGGUGCACUGUAUACAACUUCCACUGACAAGACACUCCGUAUCCAUGUUCCUACAGAUCCACCAAAGGUCAUCUGCUCACAGACCCACAGCUAUGUGCUAAAUGGGAUCUGUGCUAAAGGAAAUAUGGCAGUAGCUGCCUCAGGUGGUUUAUCCUUGGAGGUUUGGAAAUUCAGUAUUUGAUGAUAAGCCACAUAGUGAUCCAUGCUCUCACGUUCAGGAUCAUCAAGUACAGUGGAUUACUUCCUUGUAGGUUCCAGAUUUCUGGUGUCUGAUGAAUUGUUGUUGUUGUUGUUGUUUAAUACGUUCUUUGGGACUGAAUAAUCAAAUGUUGAAACCUCAGCCUUGCUUGUCCCAGUAGGGGUAACACAGAGGCUUGAAUGGAGGCUAUCUGAUUCACUUGAACCUUAACCUCGUCCUUUCUUGCUGGCCAUCUCUCUCAUUUCACUUUGUGUGGUUGAAACACAUAUUUGUGUGUACUCUUUCCAUCAUCUGGCCCCUUCGAAGUCUGUCCCAUUCAACAUAUAGGAGCAGUAUCUUCUCUAUGGCUUGAUGGCCAAGAACUUAUUGGCUUACAAGGUAAAUAAGCACAGGUCUAAGCAUGAAA